UAUGAGAAUUAAAACACUUGUGUCUUGGGUAUUUAAAGACAAAUCGGAGUGCGCCUGUGAAAGAAAUUAGAAUAAAAUCAAGUACUUACCAAUAGGGAUAUGCUUGUCAUAUGUAUCAGCUGUCAGGGAUUUAAACAUAAAAAAGCCCAUAUAACCAAACACAAUAACCGUAGGGCCUAUAAACGUCUAAGAUUCGGGAGAGAGACGUAUUUUUUACAUAAGAAAAUUUACAUUUGAAGCUUCAACGAAGAAAUAAGAACUACUCAUGAAAACAGUAUUGUUCUUGAACAAGCUACAAGAUGCUAAAUGUCUUCUCUUGAUGGCAUUUCUAGAUAGAAUUUUAGGUAAGAUGUGCACUUUCAUGCAGAAAUUUUGUGUUGUAAAAAAACUAUUGGUUGUUGUAUCUCUCCUUUUUUUAUGCAGGAUAGAUUUUUCUAUUUCUCUUUUCUUUUUCUUUUUCUUUAUAUCAAUAUGAUUUACAAGAUAUUCCUCUUAGCGCUUGCUACAUGUAUGCCUCUUGUCUUAUGCGGCCACCCUGGAGAAUUUGAGCAAAAACACAUGUCAGAAAGUCACAACAUUGAAAUACAAGAUGAAGUUGCAUUCUUCAAGAUACAUGACCUUAAUCAAGACGGUUUCUGGGACGAAGAAGAACUUAAGUCCAUGUACGGUCUAGAAAGAGAUAUUGAUCCAAAUGCACAGCAUAUUAAGCUUAUAAUUGAUCGUGUGUUCCAAGACAUGGAUUUAAACAGAGACCGUCUCAUAUCCCUAGAUGAAUAUAUCAAUGCUAAACUACCUAUGAUCACCGAAAAGCAACAACGAGUAGAAGAGGAAGAAAAAAAGAAACAGAAGCCUAUCAAAGCUCAACCAAAAGAGCCUGUGUUCAACCAAAAUAAAGAAUCUACGGGGACAAUACCAAGCAAGUUUAGAGCUUAGAAGCUCUGAUUAACUCUUUAAAGAAUAGUUUUAUCUGUUAAAUAAGUAUCAAAUAUAUUAAUUUUUUUUAUCAUUUAGCAUAUUUCCCGGCAUCAGCAUAGUUUGAUACAUGCUCCUGCCUCUUCUCUUGUACCACUAUAAUAAUUAAUUAAAAAUGUAUCUAAGCUUAUCAGAG